AUGAGGUCAUCACAGAAGAGGAGAGAGGAGGAGACGGACCAGGAGAGGAGAGAGGAGGAGACGGACCAGGAGAGGAGAGAGGAGGAGACGGACCAGGAGGAGAGGAGAGAGAAGACGGACCAGGAGAGGAGAGAGGAGGAGAUGGACCAGGAGAGGAGAGAGGAGGAGAUGGACCAGGAGAGGAGAGAGGAGGAGAUGGACCAGGGAGAGGAGAGAGAAGGAGACGGACCAGGAGGAGACGAGAGAGGAGGAGGAGACGGACCAGAAGAGGAGAGAGGAGGAGACGGACCAGGAGAGGAGAGAGGAGGAGACGGACCAGAAGAGGAGAGAGGAGGAGACGGACCAGAAGAGGAGAGGGGAGGAGACGGACCAGGAGAGGAGAGAGGAGGAGACGGACCAGACGAGGAGAGAGGAGGAGAUGGACCAGGAGAGGAGAGAGGAGGAGAGGGAGCAGGAGAAAUGAGUGAAGUGUAA